CGACAUUCUCCCACGGGUUCCCUACUUUACGGCAGCAUGGCAAACUUGCAGCAUGAGGAAGAUGACCCACACCAUGCAAAAAUGUCAACAGAAAUAUCUACAUCGACGCAGUCAGUACCUUUUGAAAAUACAUAUACAGCGGUUAAAGACGAAGCCGCUAUUUCCUGUUUAAUACCCACUUUCGCAGAGGCUUGUAAACUUGUUAACACUCCGUACUCGUGCCUGGUGCUCGACACACACCGACGACACGUUGCCCUGCCACCCAUGUAUUUGAAAAAGAAGAAGACGGGAAUUGAAGAAGAACUUAACGCAGAGCUUCUGAAGUUUUCCGAAAAUGGCCAGCUUUCAUCAGCUCUCCGAAAAAAAUGUAAGGGAGUACCUGUCGCUUAUGACAACAUAAAGUUAGUGGGACAGCAUGGGGACAUAUUCGACGACCAAGGAUACAUUCACCUGAACAUUGAAGCUUCGUUUGUUGUCUUUAAACCCAAUAAGGGGCAAAAACUUGAGGGAGUGAUCAACAAGAUAGGCCAGACAUUCGUGGGUUGCUUGGUGCACGGCUGCUUCAAUGCCUCCAUCCUGAAGCCCAGAGAGAUGACGUCGGAGAUGUGGAGAGAUUCAGGGUUGGUCAUUGGGGGAAGCCUGGAGUUUGAGGUGGUCCAGUUGGAUGCAGACGCGGCUGGUGUCCUGCUCAUUCGUGGGAGGCUUCAUAAGACCUGGUAUGAGGAGAUGUUGAGGCUUACUGAUCCUGGCACAGACGAUGCCACAGAGGAGCCCUUCAUGCCAGCUGACAACACUGCCACAGAGGCUGCAUUGGAUGGGGUUGAUGGCGUACAACCGGAAAAGAAGAAAAAGAAGAAGAAAGACAAAAGCAAAGACAAAGAGGCACUUGAGGACUCUGUUGUGAAGGACAGUCAGCUCAACGGUAGUGGUAAUACGGAGCUCACCAGGACAGAUAGCGACGUGAACUCGAAUGGUCACGUCGAGAAGAAGAAAAAGAAAAAGAAGAAAGACAAGGAGACAAGUAGUCAGGCGACGGAGGGGGUUCCUGCCAGUGACUCCAGUGGUUACCUUAGUGACAAAGGCAGCAAGAAGAGGAAAGAGUCUGAUGAAGCAAAUGAUGCUAGUCUUCCUGACAAUUUAGAAAAGCCCAAAGCUAAAAAGAAAAAGAUAAAGUGAAAUACAUUUUAAUGGACAUUAAUUUGCCAACUGUCACAAUGUUUUAGUGGUGCAUUGAUUUUGACAUUAUCCUACCAACUAAUGAAAGAAGUGCCUCAUAAAUAUUGAGUCAUAUAUAUCCAAUAAAGUAUUUUCCCUA